UAAUGAACGCUGACUGAACAAAUAUUGAACUUGGCGGUUAUUUUCUUAGUGUUACCAACAGAUUAAUGCUAGAACUCAGAAAUACAGUUUCUGUAAGAAUUUUUAUGUUUGUCAACGUGAGGAACCUAAAGUCUGAAGGUAACCAAAACGUGAAACGACAGUGAACAAUAAACAUUGUAUUGUACAUUGUAUUGUACAUUAACUAUGGGAAAAACAUCGAAAGAUAAACGAGAUAUUUAUUAUCGACGAGCGAAAGAAGAAGGAUGGAGAGCAAGGAGCGCUUUCAAAUUGCUUCAAAUAGAUAACGAGUGUCAUAUUUUAGAUGGAGUUAACAAAGCUGUGGAUCUGUGUGCUGCACCUGGUAGCUGGAGUCAGGUUUUAUCGCGAAGAUUAAACGAGAAUUACAAAAAGGCUUUGGAAGCAGGAAAUGCAACGCCUCCAAAAAUAGUUGCGGUUGAUUUACAAGCGAUGGCACCAAUGGAAGGAGUGAUUCAAAUUCAAGGAGACAUUACCAACAUUAACACUGCAAAGCAAAUUAUUUCUCAUUUUGACAAUGAACAAGCUGAUUUGGUAGUUUGCGACGGAGCACCAGAUGUUACAGGUUUACACGAUAUGGACAUUUAUAUUCAAUCACAAUUAUUACUAGCAGCUCUAAACAUUACUACUCAUAUACUAAGACAAGGAGGCACAUUUGUAGCAAAAAUAUUUAGAGCUAAGGAUGUGACAUUACUAUAUGCUCAGUUAAAGAUAUUUUUCCCCUAUGUUUAUUGCACAAAGCCUAGCAGUUCUCGUAAUUCUAGCAUUGAAGCAUUUGUAGUCUGUAAAGAUUAUUCACCACCUGAAGGUUAUGAACCUCAUAUGCUGAAUCCUCUCUUAACGCAUGAGCCGUGUGAUUUUAAUGAGCUUACAGGAGUUAACAGAGUCAUUGUUCCAUUUGUUGUUUGUGGUGAUCUUAGUCAACCCGAUUCUGAUAUGUGUUAUCCACUGGAUUUUGAAGGGAAAGAAUACACAUAUCAUGAGCCAGUACAGACACCGAUUGCACCACCAUACCAAGAAGCAUUGACUCUAUUGGAGGACAGAGAUACCGAUUUUAGAAGAUUCGAUGUUAAUGUAGUAGUAGAUAAUCUAAAUUCCAUGACCAUUGCAGACUUUAAAAAGCAAGCAAAGCAGAAACAUAAGGAGAUAAAUGAAAAUAAGGUGACCAAGCAGCAAGACAACAAAAAUGAUGAUAACAACGAAGAUAUAUUGGGUCUUGACCAAUUAAUGUCUGCCCAUUUAUCUGAUGAAACUGAUAAUAAAGAUAAUACGACGUAAAAAUUUGCGUGUUAUUUUAUAUUUUUUAAUCUGAUAAAUUACAUUUUUAAACAUGUUGUAACAUCCUGUAAAUAUAUCAUUGAUUUCGUA